AAAAAUAUGAUAUUAAACAAAAAGAUUGUAGGCCAUUAUCUUAUAGAUAUAAUCUUUUGAAACACACAAUUAUAUGCAUGAUAAAAUUACGUGACUUUAAAGAUACAUUGAAUAUUUGAAAACGAAAGUAACCGUCUGGUAAACCACAUUACUGAAGUUAACUGAUAUUAUACAAAUGAUGUAUUACAGCGUGUUUUAUUGGCGUCUAUAUUCAUGAUCGAAACAUUAUUUAGGUUAUCCUACUGUAAUCAAAAAUGACAAUAACCCAGAUUGGACAGCAAAGAUGAGUAACAGUUACUGGGAAGUAAGACAACAUUUGUGCGGACUUUGUAUUAUAGUGAAAGGAUUUAUCAAAGAAACUAAUGCUGACAUUAUUAGAAAUAUUUUCCCGGAGUCUGUUCGGUCGGCACCAGUUAUCAGAUCAGUAAACUGUGAACUACCUAAGAAAGAAUGGAUCGUCCAGUUUCGUUUAAUAAAUGAAACAAAGAAGUACAUAGGGAAAAAGAUAGACUGUCCUCCAGGAUGUCUUGAAGUAAAUGCUUGUGAAUUGCCAUGUGAUAUUCCUGAGGAAUGGUUACAGCCACGUUUGUAUCCUUCUUUACAACUAUCUUCAAAUGAUGAAACUGGAUCUACAGAACAAUCAAGCCCCGAGAACAACAGUUCAUACCAACAUGGAAACGAUCAAUGGGUCCCUCCUACACAGCAGUCCGAUGGUGAUCAUAGAUUGUGUCAUACAAAUGAUGACUAUUCUACAUAUCGUCCUACAGGAGUGCCUAGAUAUCCAUAUCUACAAAAUGCUGGUGUACCUCAGCACUUACCCCUAGGAGAAGAAAACAGGCUUACUGGCCCACAAGGAAGAAAUAAUAGGGCACCAUUUAUUAUUCAGCCUACAAUAGGCCCUAGAUUUCCACUACCUAAAACACAUUUUGGAAAUGGAAUUAAUCAACAACCAAGAUUUCCUUUACAGAGGAAUCAAGAAAAUGAUAGUCUCUCAGUUACUGGAGGAGACCCUAGGUUUCUGUAUCAACAACAUAUUGAUGAUUGUGGUGCUCUGGUUCGGCAGCAUAUAAGAGAUCCUAGAGUACCAAUUCAACCAAAUAUAAAUGAUGGUAAUCCACCGUCUCUGGAAACUGCUGCAAACCCAAACUUAGAACAUCAAACACAGGAGCAAAAUUUGGCUGAUAAUAGCACACCAACAGAACAAGCUGGUUAUGCAAACCAGGCACAAACAGCUAUAAUUCCAGGACAAGUUCCUCAACAUCCAAAUAUGCAAGUACAUUACCCAUUUCCUCGCUUUUGGGGUCCACAGCAACAGUUUUCUCCAUUUAGACAAGGAUUUCAUAUGGGCAUGCCACACCAUGCAGGAUACAUUCCAUAUGGUGGAUACUACCCUCCUCCUCAACAUGGAAAUCGGUGGGAUGGAUGUCAACAACACUUUGCAUCGGAGGAUGGUUAUGAAGAUGACGGAAGCGCAAGCCAGGGAGUAAGAAAUAAUGAUAGCAAUCAACAUGGAUCUUAUCAAACCAUGGAGCGUACAGACGUACCGAUGGAUGACUGGGAAGUAGUUGGAAAUGAUUUAAAUACUGAAGAGGACAAAGAAUAUCCAGACAAAACAAAGAUGCUAAAAGUUUCAAAAAUUCCUCAAACCUCUACAGAGGACACUUUGAUUUUCUUCUUUGAGAACACUAGAAAGUUUGGAGGAGGAGAUAUAGAGAGUAUAACUUAUGAUAAAAGAUCCUCAACAGCCAUUAUAACUUUCGAAGAAGAUGAUGGUGUUGAAAAAGUUCUGCAAAAAGUACCAAUAUUGUUUGGUAAAACCAUCUUAGAAGUAGAAGCUUAUAUACCAGAAAAUUCACUUCAAAAUGAGUCAGCAGAAGACGACAGUUCUCCUGAGAGUGAUUUUGAAGCUGAGACUGUGUGUACUAUAGAAGUUUCUGGAAUGAAAAAGACGACCACUGAAGAUACUGUGAUGUAUUAUUUUGAAAGUAAAAAAGGAGCCCAUGCUGAUGUUGAAAAUAUUGAAUUUGUUGAAAACAAGAAUAUGUAUCUGGUGACUUUUGAGAAUGAAGAUGCUGUAAAUACUGCCAUGGCAAAGACACACAGAAUUGAUGGCACUGAACUCAACGUAAAGAAGCAUGUCCCUCCAAAAAGAUACCUCAAUAAAGUAUUAAUAUCUGGACUAGGAGAGGAUAUUUCAGCAGAUGGUCUGAUCAACUUCUUGGAAGCUAAGACUAAGAUCGAUGUCGAAACUGUGGAAAUGGGUGAAGAAGGUUUAGGAAAAGCCAUUGUAACAUUUGAGAAAUCUAUAGACAUUGAGGAAAUACAGUCUGCACUUCAAAACAAAUCCUUCGACGGGAACCACUUUAAAAUGCAUCCAGUAGAAGUGAGCAACAGUAUUAUUGUCCGUGGGUACAGUGAAGAAACAACAUAUGAAGCCAUAGAGAAUUACUUUGAAAACAAAAGAAGAUCUGGAGUGGAGAAUGUUACGGAAUGCAAAAUGAAUGAAGAGGAAAACUAUUGUGUGAUUUAUUUUGAAGACCCUAAAGAUGCAAUAGUGGCAACACAGAGGGAACAUGUAGUAAGCAAAUGUACACUAAGCGUGAAUAUCUUCUAUGAGUGUCUUGGGAUACAAACAGAUACAGAAGAGGGGUCCAAGUUUAAACCGUUACCACCAGUGACAGUUCACAACUUAGAUAAACCAAAGAUCAAGUUCAUGAUGCAGUUAAAUUCCAGUAAAGAAGAAUUUCAAAAACAGUUACACAAAAUCCAUGCUGAAGUUCACUGGCCAUCUCAUGGUGAAGAAAGCAUUCUAACAAUCCAUCCAACACUGACCAAAAAUACAAAAGAUUGGCAGAAAAUUUCCAAAACUUGGGAAGAAGAUGUUCGAAAAGAAGUAGAUGCUUUUUCACAGAAAUUGUUAGUGGAAAAACUCAGCACUUUACAAGAAUCCUGGGAUCAAGUUAUGAACAAGGUCAGGGAAAUUGACAUUCCUAAUCCAGAUAAUGUUAUUCUAAGUGUAGAAAAACCACCAAUAUGUAAAAUACAGAUUGUUGGCAUUACGUCUGAUGUAGCAGCAGUUUCCCAAAAAAUAAAGAACAUCAUUGAUGAAAUUACUGAAGACCUGAAAAUAAAGAAACAACAAGUAACUGAGGAUGUACAGUUAAAACAUCACCAAUUGAUGAUCCUAGAUUUAACAGAUUUUCCGAGCAAUACUAAAAAAACAUUGGGUAAUAUAGAGAUAAACAUAGACAUUGAAGCUCUGAAGAUAAAAUUUAAAGGGAUUUCAAGUUCUGUCGUAAACGCAAAGCUGCUAAUGUAUGAGGUGACGGGAAGUAUUUCUUCAACUUCACUCGGUUCCAGAUCACCAGAGUUAAUACAGUUUUUAGACAAGCCAAAAGUUACAAAAUCUGUUUUGAAAAGAAUGAAGGAUCAACAGUGCAUUGGGGUAUGGGAAGUACACAAUAGGAAUAUCACUUUGUAUUCUACAUCAGAUGAAGAAGUCAGUAAAGUUGCUGAUGUUUUUAAAGAUUCAAUUAUUGAAACGAAGGUUGAUGGUGACAACUUGCAAAAAUCUUUACUGCAUUCCAAAAAGUGGAUUCAGCACGUAAAAGCCAUUGAAGAUGAAUGUCAUCGGAAGUUGAUAUCUGUCAAAAUUAUUACAGAUAAACAAGGAGAGAUAGUUUUAUUGUGCACUUCAAAAACUGAAACUGCUUUAAUAAAAGAAGAAAUUCAAAACUUUUUCUAUUCAAAUACAGAAAUUCAAUUGAAAUUAGAACUAGAGAAAUCCAAAUUAAAAUUUCUUCAAGAAUAUAUGAAAGACGAAGUUGAAAAUCUGGAAAGACAAAUGAAACAACAGCAUAUUAUAGUUGCUGUGAAAAGCGAUAAUGUCCUGGUCAAAGCUAAUCAAGAAGGAGUUCAAGAAGCACAAAAAUGUCUGGAUGCAUUGGUAAAUCAUAUUUAUAGAAAAGAACAUUCUGUGGACAAGCCUGGUUUACAUAAACUCAUGGAUACUGACAAAGGUAAAAGUAAGCUGAAAAUUAUCGGUAAGCAAGCUGGAGUUGUUAUCAGUAUUGAAGGAGGGGAAAGAAGCAUUCAGGGAUCUAAAUCCUUUACAGACGUAGAUGGGAAAGUGGUUUAUUUUGCAGCUGGAGGUCAAGAAGUCAUAGUCAUCAAAGCCGACAUCACUGCACUUUCUGUCGAUGUUAUUGUAAAUGCAGCAAAUAAGGAUCUUGUCCAUAGUGGUGGGCUGGCAAAAGUUUUAAUCAAUAAAGGUGGUAUUAGUAUCCAACAUGAGUGUGAUCAGUAUUCCAAACAUCAUGGUCAGUUGUCUGAAGGAGAAGUCUUCUGUUCUGGACCUGGAUCUUUACACUGUUUAUAUAUCGUCCAUGCAGUGGGACCAAUCUGGCAAGGUGGUAGAAACAAAGAAGAGGGACAGUUAUAUGAUUGUGUUACCACCUCUCUAGAAGAAACCGACAAAAGAAACCUGACAAGUAUAGCCAUUCCUGCUCUGUGUACUGGUAUCUUUGGUUAUCCUGCAUCUGAAGCAACCAAAGUGAUCACAGAAUCGGUUAGAGAUUAUUUCAAGCGACCCCACUCCAGUAGUAUAAAGACUGUGUUCCUGUGUGACAUAGUAACAAGUACAGUAGACCUGUUUGUAAAAGCUGGAAAUAAUUUCUUCAAUCAGCCUGACAGUAAACAUCACAGCAUGCCUGGAAAAGGACGUUCUGCAAAUAGAUUUUCUGAUGCAUCUCACAAUAAAGGAAGACAAAAUAUUACAACAGGAAAUAUCAAGAUAAAGAUACUAAAAGAAGACCUAAAUAAGAUGAAGGUUGAUGUUAUUGUAAACACAACAUCCAGAGACCUAGAGUUAAGUAAGGGUAUUGUAUCUGCUUCACUGUUAAAACAUGGAGGAUCAGUCCUUCAGAGAGAAUGUUACAAGAAACAUCCCAAUGGUGUCGAGUAUGGAGAAGUAGUUGUAACUUCUGGUGGCAGGUUACACUGUAAAAUUGUCUGUCAUGGGUCAUUGGAGCAAUGGAAAUCAGACGGAUCGUCAAUAAAGGUGUUUGAAUCAUUCAUAAUGAACUGUCUGCACACUGCAGAUAAGAAAGGUUUUCGAUCUAUAGCAUUCCCAGCUAUGGGAACUGGAAAGUUGAAUUAUCCGAGGGAUCUGGUGGCAAAGCACAUGUACAAAUGUAUUGACGACUUUUCAAGUAAAAAUUCAAAGUCAACAAUUACAGAGGUUUUCUUUGUUCUUUAUCAUAGAGAUCAUCUCACAGUUCAGGCUUUUGAAGACCAGGAGAAAAUUCAAUUAAAAUCGAGAGUAGAGCAUGAAACACCAACAACAUUUCAGGGAAAAGGCAAUAAGAAGCCUGAGGACGACAAAGUAUACAGUAUAAAUCUAGGAAAACUUGUGCUGAAAGUUUACCAAGGGGACAUAACUACGAUACAAGUAGAAGUCAUUGUAAACAGUAGCAACACAAACCUUGAUAUGUCCUUAGGUGAAGUUUCAAAGGCUAUUUUGCAGAAAGGAGGAGAUAGAAUAAAGAAACAACUAUUAAGUCAAAAAACAGAUAUGAAGAAUGAGGGUAUAGCUGUAACAGCGUGUAAAGGAAGUGGGUUACUCUGUGAUUUAGUGAUACAUGUUGACAUGCAGGAUACAACACAGAAACUUAAAGAGAAAAUUACACUUGUUUUAGAGAAGACAGAAGAACUUGGCAAGAUAUCCGUGGCUUUUCCUGCUUUAUGUAUUAAAGAAAUUUUACAAUUUGUGUUGGAAGGAACAUUAAAUGCCAACAUAACAAUAAAAGAUGCAGCAGAAGAAAUGUACAGUGCAGUUCGUCAGUUCCAGAGUUCAUCUCCACAACAUGUGAAGGAGGUGCAUGUAGUUAUUUUCAAGAAUGACCAGAUGAAGACAUUUAUGGAAGCCAUUAAAGCUUGUGUUAGUACUGGUAAUAAAAAAGGCUGGAUGGAUUAUGUAUAUGAUUGUGCAAUAGACUACUUAGGCUAUGGUCAACUCAGUGACAACCAAACGAAGAUUUUGACUGAGGACAGACCAAAGAUGUCUUCUGAUAAACAGUCCACUGCUGUUACCUUUGUUAUAUAUGCCAAAAACAAGAAAGAGGCUGAAAAGGCAGUCACUGUACUAGAAACAGAAUUAGAUAACGAAUAUGUAUCAAGGAAAAUUAAAGACAGGAUGGUAGCAGAACUGAAUCCUGAGCAGAUUACUGCCUUGAAAUUUAUAGGAAAGUCUGAAAAUGUAGAAAUACAUGUAGACAAAGGAAAUAAAGAAAUUGUUCUCACUGGUAUAAUUGACAACAUUUCCUUAGCAAUGUCGGCAGCAAAUAAAAUCAUCCAAACUGCACAAGAACAAAAACAGCUUAAUCAGAAAGCUAAGUUGGUAACAGACAUGGUCCAAUGGUCAUUUGUUGAGGAGCAAAAUGGAAGAAAAACUUUUGUAGAAUUUCCCCAUGAUGUGAAUCUUCUAUUGGAAGAAGCAUUUAAAGACGACAGCACAAAGGUGACGUUUCUGGCCUCUGAUGGCAGUAAGAUGGUUAUUGACCUUACUUCUUAUAAAAUGUUCCCAGAAGAUGAUCCCACAGAUGAUAAUGGCGUAAUUAGAAAGACAAAACUUGUCAGUGAUUCCGAUUUCAAACCACCAGAUCACUGGGAUGACAUGACAGAUGAUGAGUAUAUAAAGAUUGUUCCACUUGUACAAUCAUCCAAGGAAUAUACUGAUGUCCUGACAGAGUUUAAAAAAACAGGGGGAGCCCUUUACACUGUUGUUAAGAUUGAUAGAAUUCAAAACAAAAUCCUAAACCAGCAGUAUAUAGCAAAGAAAAAGUUGAUGGAUUCUACUAAUCCACCUGGUUAUAAAAAUGAAAGAAGACCUGUUUGGCAUGGAACUAAUAAACAAGCUAUGGAAAACAUCAUAAAUACUGGUUUUAAUAGGAGCUACUGUACUGUUACUGCAUUUGGGAAAGGAGUAUAUUUUGCUGUAAAUGUUAGUUAUUCUGCAUCUGGUUACUCAAGUGUUGAUCCAACUGAUGGCUUAAAGCGUAUGCUCAUGUGUAAAGUCUUAGCGGGAGAAUUUGCAUUUGGUAACACAACCAUGAGAACACCUCCACCAAAGACACAAUCAGCAGCAGGAAGUCACAUUCUGUACGAUUCUACAACAGAUAACGUUGCCAACCCAGGAAUGUUCGUAAUAUAUCAUGACUCACAAGCUAUACCAGAGUAUCUUGUAUAUUUUAAAUAG